AUGCCGCACUGCCGACGUGUCCUUGUUUUGCUCGUUUUAUUCGCUGCUAUUUCCAAUUUCGGUACGAAUGCUUUGAAGUGUCGACUGUACCAUCGAAUUUGGGAAGAUGGUCACUUACUAAGAAUCAAUCCAGACAUUUGCCACACUUCUUCGCAAUAUUGUGUGAGGGCAACAUAUUCGGACCCAGAUGAAAGAAAGAAGAAUGGAUACUCGAUGGGAUGCGAUAAAGUGGAUUGCCAAGGAAUCGACGAUCCAACUUACACUGGAUGGCAACAAAAGAAGACUGGAGAAUAUUGCCGGAAAAGCAGAGAUUACGGUAAGAAAGGUGAAAUCUGCUGCUGUGCUGAUGACAUGUGCAACUCGGUUCGACAAACUUCCCUAGCUCUUUUCACCUCUAUUCUUAUUAUUUUCCCAGUAUUAUUGAACAUUAAUUGA